AUGUCGAGUGACUACAACCCACCCAUGGGUCAAUUCUGGGAUGUCCACUACUCCAACUCUUCGUCCGCUUUACGGAAAGCCAAACGGAGACAAGAUUCUCUAGGAUCAAUUGAUGCUUCUCAAUUCCCCACUAUAGAAUCGAAUCAGAAGUCUCAUCCCGAGUCUCAAACAGCGCAUUAUCGUAAAUCCCGCCCACGUCGAACGCCUCCUUACGUGGCGGACUCCCAGAAGCGAAAACAUUCAGUAUCUAUCGAGGAUCUAGAACAUCAACUGUCAGUCGAAGAACUCGAACGGCCAGAGACACCAACAUGGGAUCAAACAGCAGAGCCCAAGAGGAAUAGAGAAUAUCAAGGAUGGCACUUGCAAUUUACACCGACUCAAAGACCUGCGAUGGCCGUGGCACACCCUCAAUGUCGGGAAGGGACUGAAGUGAGAUUCGAUUCUCGGCACUUCAAUGAAUUCCCGAGACCGGAAGGUAAGAGGAAACGUUGCUUGGCUUGUGGAGCGCUGUUGGGGUAUUAUAGAUCUGAGGUGGACAUCUACGGGAAUGGGGAGGCGUAUGACGAGGGACCUUUCUGUGAAUAUGGAGAUGAAAGAGAGUACGUGUGA